UAUAUUUUUAUCAAAAUUUGAGUGAACCGGGGUCUUCUCAACAUUUAUCGAAUAUUCAAGUUCAUUCUCCUUACAUUCGACUAUAAGUGGUCAAUUUGUUAUAGCUCUUUUUUGUGCAAAAUAAUUACAGCGGCUGUUUUCUUGAUUCAACCGGAAAUCUGAUUAUUUACAGAAUAAUCAAAAUUAGCAUUAUUUCACUGACAACUGCAGACACUUAUAUAUGAAAGAUCGGCUUGAAACGGGAUAAAGAGAUACCAAGAAACUAAACAAAGCAUUCGCAAAGUAGAUAAUCCCGUGAAGCAAUAUGUACUCGAAUCUACGUAACUGGCCAGUCUUCAGUUCACUGGAGCCAAAAUUUAUUUCCGAGAUUCACAUGGUUAUGGUAUUUGGUGAAUUGGGUAAAAUGGUUAUUAAUUGUAACAAAGGACAAGAAAGUAUACCUGAUGAAUGACAAUCUCCAUGCUUUGGAGAGCAGAGACAAAAGCUCUACUAUGUUAUAUCUAAAGGAGAUUAAGGAUUUGUGUGGAAAAGAUAUAAAAGACGUUUGCGUAUGGCAGGGGAUCUCACACUCAUGAAUGGAGGAGAGGUAUAUUCGUGUGACAACAUUGGUCAAUUGAAGAAUGGAACAUUUAAUAUGGAUCUUACAUUUACUUUAAUAAACAUCCCUACUAUUCAAGACAGUCAGAACAUGAAGCAUGUCGUGGACAUCGCAUACGGCAAUAAACAUUUCAUCAUUCUAACCAAUAAUGAUGAAGUGUAUGCCUGGGAACCAAUUAAUAGUGGACAGCGUAUCUAUGGAGUGGGUAUCUAUGGAUUUCCUAAGCUUAUUUUAUCUAAUGUUGGUUGUAUCUCCUGCGGUGAUAAUUUCACCAUGGCUGUCACCAAAAAUGGCAAGGUAUAUGGUUGGGGCAGUAACGACGUUGGCCAACUAGGGAUAGUGGCCAGUUGGCGACAGUUAGGCAAACUGGGGGAGGCAGCAAUUUUGAGAAUAAAAAUAUGACACCGCAGUUGUUGAUUGGUAUACCGGAAAACCUUAUUAUAAGGUAACUUGCGGAUCAAAUCACACGCCGGUGCCCACAGACAAAGGGACUAUCUACGCCUGGGGUGGAAACAAAUUCGGCCAAUUGGGGAUCGGCAA